CGCCUUGUUUUCUCUCAUAUUUUCCUCUCUCUCUCAAGCUUCGCUCGCUCUCUCGCUCUAACCCUCACCCUACAGCGAGUCCUCCGUCUCCCAAAUUUAUUUAAUUUUGGUUAAAUUAAAUAAUUAUUAUUUUUCCAUCUGAUAAAUACACCACACGAAAGCUCUGAAAAGAGGAGGGAAUCACGAAAUUGACCAGUUCAACCUUUUUGGAAAUACGGUUUAAUUUGUAUGUAUUUACAUAUGAGAUGGGUUCUCGAGGAAGGUUGUUAUUUGAUCUCAAUGAACCCCCUGCCGAGGAUAAUGAAGGGAGUGAUGGCGCCCUCAGCUUCCAGCCACAAAAGGCACUUCCUUCUUCAAACCCCCACACUUCAGAAGUGCUUGCAGUAGCAGCCGUUGCACCAAGAAUUGUUAAUAAUCAUGCUUUUUCACAUGCAUCGUCUGUGUCAGGUUUUCAACCUUUUGUUCGGCCAAAAAAUGCUCAUGGCUUUGAAGGUGAUGCUGACGAGAAAUCAAGAGAUAGUAAUCCCAAAUAUACAUCAGUAUCUAAAUCAAGUAAUUGUGAGGACAUGAAACCUGUACCAUGUUUAGCUUCUGCUUCUGCAAAUGGUCCAUCUGUGGAAAGAGAAGAAGGAGAGUGGUCUGAUGAUGCCGAGGGAUCUGCUGAAGCAGGUGGAACUGGCAGUUUGCAUGAACAGGGUACAAGUUUACAAGGACAACCGGGAGGGAUUGUUGAAUGUGCUUCUGGUGUUGCUCCAGAUAUUAGUUCUUGUGAUAUUAAAACUUCAGAAGGUCUCAAGGAUAAGAACACCAGUCAUACUUCUUUAGGAGUAGAUGAUCAGAAUAGUACUAGUAGCCGCAUUUCAGACAGCAAUGUUAAAGGUCAGGCAGCCAUGGAUGGUCAGGAUGAACACGGAUUGGUUUUGAAACAAGAAAAAGUUAAAGGCAUUGAAGCAAGCCAUGCACUCAAGUGUGCAAAUAAUCCAAUGAAGAGGAAGCUGAGCCAACAGAAUGAAGCAAAGCUGGGAAAGAAACGUAAUAGACAGACAAUGUUCCUUAAUUUGGAUGAUGUUAAGCAAGCUGGCACUAUCAAAAGUUCAACACCAAGAAGACAGACCUUUCCCUCACCUGUUACAACUCGCACUUUGAAGGACGUUCGUACCAUUACUCUGCCUGCAGAUUGUGUUGGGGAAAAGCAGUCACAAUCAAUGAUUAAGGACCAGAAACAAGUUGAUGUUUUAUGUAAUGAUGGAGGAACUGCCGCAGAGUCUAGUGAUUCCAAGUCUGAAACUAACGGGGAUUUUAGUUAUGGAUCACUGUCUAGGACCAGAAGGCAAAAUGGUGACAAUGAUCCUUCCACAGAGGUCUUACCACCAAUUCCAAGGCAGAGUUCAUGGAAGCAGCCCACGGAUACAAGGCAGCUGAAGAAUUCACAUGUUGCUAAUAGGAAGCCAGCUCUGAUCACUCAAAGCUCCAUGGAUUCCAAAUCUGGAAACAAGAAACUUCUUCCUGUCAAAAAGCAAACGGCAAUCAGUAACACACACCAAGACACAUCAGUUGAGCGUCUUAUAAGGGAGGUUACAAAUGAGAAGUUUUGGCAUCACCCAGGGGAGACUGACCUCCAAUGUGUUCCUGAAAAGUUUGAAUCUGUUGAGGAGUAUGUUAGAGUAUUUGAACCGCUUCUGUUUGAAGAAUGCCGUGCACAACUUUACAGCACCUGGGAGGAAUUAACAGAGGGUGUUUCUAGAGAUGCUCAUAUAACUGUUCGUGUAAGAAGCAUUGAAAGGAGAGAGAGAGGGUGGUAUGAUGUAAUAGUCCUUCCAGUUAGUGAAUGCAAGUGGACAUUUAAAGAGGGGGAUGUUGCAGUUCUUUCAACUCCUCGGCCUGGAUCAGCAGUCAGAUCCAAAAGGAACAACUCUUCAGCUGAGGGCGAUGAGGAGCCUGAAAUCAGUGGGCGUGUGGCUGGUACUGUCCGGCGACAUAUUCCUAUCGAUACUCGUGAUCCCCCAGGGGCAAUCCUUCAUUUUUAUGUUGGGGACUCCUAUGAUUCUAACAGCUUGGUUGAUGAUGAUCAUGUUCUAAGAAAGCUACAGCCCAAAGGAAUUUGGUAUUUAACUGUGCUUGGUUCUCUAGCAACCACCCAGCGCGAGUAUAUUGCACUGCAUGCAUUUCGUCGUCUGAAUAUGCAGAUGCAAGCAGCAAUUCUACGGCCCAGUCCUGAACACUUUCCAAAAUACGAGCAGCAGUCCCCUGCUAUGCCAGAAUGCUUCACACCGAAUUUCAUUGAUCAUUUGCAUAGGACCUUUAAUGGGCCCCAGCUAUCAGCAAUCCAAUGGGCUGCAAUGCAUACAGCUGCAGGUACAAGUGGUGGAAAGAGGCAAGAUCCAUGGCCUUUUACACUUGUUCAAGGACCUCCAGGAACAGGUAAGACACAUACGGUCUGGGGAAUGCUAAACGUCAUCCAUCUGGUUCAGUAUCAGCAGUACUACACUUCUUUGCUGAAGAAACUAGCACCUGAAAGCUAUAAGCAAAAUAGUGAGACCAACUUUGAUAAUGUUGCUACGGGAUCAAUAGAUGAGGUUCUUCAGAACAUGGACCAGAAUCUCCUUCGUACACUACCCAAGCUCUGUCCAAAGCCUAGAAUGUUGGUUUGCGCCCCUUCUAAUGCUGCAACAGAUGAGCUUCUUUCCCGUGUUCUUGACCGUGGAUUCAUUGAUGGCGAGAUGAAAGUUUAUCGACCUGAUGUAGCCCGAGUAGGUGUGGAUUCACAGACACGUGCUGCCCAGGCUGUAUCCGUUGAGCGGAGAACUGAACAGCUUCUGGUUAAGAACCGUGAGGAAGUUUUAGGGUGGAUGCAUCAGUUGAGAAAUCGUGAAGCUCAGUUGUCCGUGCAGAUAUCUAAUCUUCAAAGAGACCUUACUGUUGCAGCUGCUGCUGUUCGUUCCCAAGGAUCAGUUGGUGUUGAUCCUGAUGUUUUGGUGGCUCGGGACCAGAAUCGAGAUACUUUGCUGCAGAUUCUUGCAGCUGUUGUUGAAAACAGGGAUAAAACUCUAGUUGAGCUAUCUCGCCUGUUUAUUUUAGAAAGCAAGUUUCGUGCUGGUGGCAAUUUUAACUUGGAAGAAGCUCGAGCUAAUCUUGAGGCAAGUUUUGCCAAUGAGGCUGAGAUUGUUUUCACUACUGUUUCAAGCAGUGGUCGCAAGCUGUUCUCUCGUCUUUCUCAUGGGUUUGAUAUGGUUGUGAUUGAUGAGGCAGCGCAAGCCAGUGAAGUGGGAGUUCUUCCUCCCCUUUCUCUUGGUGCUGCACGAUGUGUUCUUGUUGGGGAUCCUCAGCAGCUUCCCGCAACAGUUAUCAGCAAGGCUGCUGGGACCUUGUUAUACAGUAGAAGUCUUUUCGAAAGAUUCCAGCAAGCAAAAUGUCCAACAAUGUUGUUAUCUGUGCAGUAUAGGAUGCAUCCCCAAAUACGUGAUUUUCCUUCUAGGUACUUCUACCAAGGACGCCUCACUGACAGUGAAAGUGUUGCUAAUUUACCUGAUGAAACCUAUUACAAGGACCCUUUACUUAGACCUUAUGUAUUUUUUGACAUUUCCCAUGGACGGGAGUCCCACAGAGGGGGAUCUGUCUCUUAUCAGAACAUACACGAAGCACAGUUUUGUGUGCGCUUGUAUGAGCAUCUCCAGAAGUCCUUGAAAGCAUUGGGUUUGGGGAAAGUUUCUGUCGGCAUAAUCACACCAUAUAAAUUGCAACUCAAAUGCCUCCAACGUGAGUUUGAGGAUAUUUUAAAUUCAGAGGAAGGGAAGGAUAUAUAUAUCAACACUGUAGAUGCUUUUCAAGGCCAAGAGCGUGAUGUAAUUAUCAUGUCCUGUGUGCGAGCUUCAACUCACGGGGUUGGUUUUGUAGCAGAUAUCCGCCGUAUGAAUGUAGCUCUCACUCGUGCAAGAAGGGCUCUUUGGGUCAUGGGGAAUGCAAGUGCCUUAAUGCAGUGUGACGACUGGGCUGCAUUGAUUACUGAUGCCAAAGCCAGGAACUGUUUUAUGGACAUAGAAACUCUUCCCAAAGAAUUUCGGGUACCAAAGGUACCUUCUUAUGCUCCAUUACCAGGAAAGCCUUUCUCUAAUAUGAGGGGUUUCAGGUCUGGUGGACCAAGGCAUAGAUCAAUGGAUAUGCACAUGGAAUCAAGGUCAGGAACACCGUCAGAAGAUGAUGAGAAGUUGGGUGUAUCAGUAAUUUCUAGGAAUGGAAGUUACCGGCCUAUGAAACCUCCAUAUGAGAAUUCCUUGGACGACUUUGAUCAAUCAGGUGAUAAAUCUAGAGAUGCCUGGCAGUAUGGUAUACAGAAGAAGCAUGGUCCUGCUGGGGUUGUGGGAAGGAGAGACAUCUAGCUAUUGAUUGUUGGUUCUGAAUCCUCUUUUUGCAUCAUUGGAGCUUUUUGGCAUUCUAUAUUUUCCCUAUUGUGCAGCUCUUGCUCGUCUGCCAGAAGGCUUCUGGAGGACUAGCUUCCUGUGCCGAUCUCUGAAGUUGAUGCCUUAAAUCUGAAAGGCCGAGCCUUGUGCUGCAUAUUCUUUCACUUACUUGAGGCGUUUGGCAGUAAGGGGGACUUGGCAGGGGCUGUCGGCCUGUGCAUAAAGUUGCUUUUGCCGACGAUUCACCACCUCACAAUCUUCAGAGGAAUCAUAUGGUGGUCACAGCAACGCUUUUCCCCAAAUAACUCAGGAAUCAUAUGGUGGUCACAGCAAUGCUUUUCGUGUUACGGUAAUAUCGCUCCUGUUUUGAUUCAAUUGACGACUUCAGUUACAGAGAUACAAAGGGGAAAGCUUCUGGAUGACUCAAAAGCUCUGUUCGCGGAAGCAUACUCACCGACUCCUCCAUUCUUGGCGCCGGUGGCUAGUUAAACGGUUUAAUGUAGGAAGUUCCCAUUUGAAUGAUGCUAUGGACAUUUUCGGACGUGCACGGUGACCAGAUAGUAGACGAAAGGUUAGUCCUCCUGUUGUGGUCUGGAUACGCAAGAAUAUGUUGUUUUGUCCUCCUGUUGUUUGAAGGUUAGUUAGUGACAUACAUACAUGCCAAAAGGUGGCAUUUACAACAAUCUUCUGUAUAGAAAUGGUGGAAGUACAGAAAUUGCAUUAGAAAGAAAAAUCGAUUUGUAGUGUCAACUAACAUGUACAUAACAUCUUUCAGUUGUGGAAUCGAAUAUAAAUUUACCUUUUAUGCUUUUGCC